AGCUGUACAUGGAGAUCUUGCUGGGAAAGUCCGCUGGCUCCCCUCACGUCACCCAGCCCGGGAGAACCGCCGCCGCCGCCCGGAGCCGCCUCGGCCACCGCGCAGACCCCGCCGAGAGCCCGAGCGGCCGCCCGCGAGCUCCACGGCGCGUUCAGGGCCCCAGACCCUCGCCCCGAAAGGAGAGGAUCUGAGAAAAUGGAUGCACUGAGACCUCUCUGAAAAGCCCCCGAGACAGCCCGAGAGGAGCGAGGACACGUUACUCGCAGCUAAAAUCACAUUCCAGGACCAAAACAACAACAACAACCAACAUUUCAUUAAAACAAUAAGCGCCCAAGAACCCAGAUCGGGCUGGUGGGGGAGGGGAAGAGGCGGGAAGGGGAGGGUCGCACGGAGGUAGCUGUGCAGUGAGCAGGCGACCCCGCCGCCUCCCCGCAGAGCCGGGCCCGCCGCUCCAGCCGCGGCUCAGACUCGCGCCCGGAUUCCGGCUUAGCUCCGGGGCCGGCCCGCGGCCCGGGCGAGGAGCCCGGCGACCCCGCGGAGCAGCGUCGCGGGAGCCCCGGCACCCUUGCAUGAGCACGAGAGGAUUCGGCCUCCGCGCCGCAGCUGAGGAAGCAGGAGCCGCAGCGCGGGCCGUGGAGCGCGGCGGGAGCCGGCGGCGGCGACCAGGGGCGCACGGUGCCGGGACCAGCUCGCUGGUCAUGGGGAGCCGGCGGCCGCGGCGCUGCUGAGGCGGCGGCUGGCCAGGCGGGGCCGGGCCGGGCUGCAGCAGCCCCCUCUGCGGCUGCCGGGCGGGCCGGGCGCCCGGGGCUGGGGGUGGGGUGGGGGAGGCCGGCGAGCGCCGGAGCAGGGGCCCGGGCCGAGGGCGCGGCGGGGCUGCGCGCACGCUGGGGCGCGUGGAGGGGCGCGGAGGGCGACAUGAGUCUGGUAGGGGGCUUUCCCCACCACCCGGUGGUGCACCAUGAGGGCUACCCGUUCGCCGCCGCCGCCGCCGCCGCUGCCGCCGCCGCCGCCAGCCGCUGCAGCCACGAGGAGAACCCCUACUUCCACGGCUGGCUCAUCGGCCACCCCGAGAUGUCGCCCCCCGACUACAGCAUGGCCCUGUCCUACAGCCCGGAGUAUGCCAGCGGCGCUGCCGGGCUGGACCACUCCCAUUACGGGGGGGUGCCGCCGGGCGCCGGGCCCCCGGGCCUGGGGGGGCCGCGCCCGGUGAAGCGCCGGGGCACCGCCAACCGCAAGGAGCGGCGCAGGACUCAGAGCAUCAACAGCGCCUUCGCCGAGCUGCGCGAGUGCAUCCCCAACGUGCCCGCCGACACCAAGCUCUCCAAGAUCAAGACGCUGCGCCUGGCCACCAGCUACAUCGCCUACCUCAUGGACCUGCUGGCCAAGGACGACCAGAACGGCGAGGCGGAGGCCUUCAAGGCGGAGAUCAAGAAGACAGACGUGAAGGAGGAGAAGCGGAAGAAGGAGCUGAACGAAAUCUUGAAAAGCACAGUGAGCAGCAACGACAAGAAGACCAAGGGGCGGACGGGCUGGCCGCAGCACGUCUGGGCCCUGGAGCUCAAGCAGUGAGGAGGAGGAGGAGGCGGCGGCGGGGAGCCGAGCGAGCCGGGCCCAGGCGCCAGCUGCAGACCCAGGACUCCGGGCAGGCCCUCCUCGCCCGGCUCCGAGGACUCCUUGCGUUUGGAAUCAUCCUGUUUAUUUAUGUGCAAUUUCCUUCCCCUCUCCUUGACCCCCCCUUUGAGGCACCGCUCCCCACCUCCCCCCUCCAAAAAAAAAAAAGUGGAUAUUUGAAGAAAAGCAUUCCAUAUUUUAAUAUGAAGAGGACGCUCCCGCGUGGUAAGGGACCCCGUCCGUCGUCUCGUAGCUUCUCGGUGUGAAUGUCCCCUCGGCUGUGUAGACACCAGCGCUGCCCCCUACCCUCUUGCCCAGCCCCUCCCAGAUAAAGACAGCGGACACUAGUGCCUUUGUGAAGUGUGUCUUUAAUACUUGGCCUUUGGAUAUAAAUAUUCCUGGGGAUUAUAAAGUUUUAUUUCGACGCGGAACGCAGGGCCGCCGGCGCUCCGGGCGGGCCGGUGUCUAGCGCUGCCCUGUCCCCUGUCCGAAGAUGCUCUCCGCGACAGCCACGCGUUUCGUGCACUUCCGUCCUCUAAAACUAAGUGGGAUUUAAUUAACAUGGAAGGUGUAAACGUUGUAAGUAUUCAAUAAACCACUGUGUUUGUUUUUU